AUGUCAUCUAUCAACGUCUUUGCUCGAUGGAGACCACUCUCACAGCCCGAAGAUAAACAUGGAGAAAUUCAUCGCAAAACGUUGUCCGAUUGCCCACCUCUGUUAGCUGUGUCUGUGAACCCUCAAGCAUCCGCUGAAGGUCGUUCGUGGGUGAGCUCGCCAGCAUUCCACGCUAUAUUUGAGCCGGGAGAUAAUAAUCACACAGUGUACAACGAUGUUGUAGCGCCUAAUAUCCCCAAAAUCUUACAAGGCGAAAACUGCAGCGUCUUUGCAUACGGCCAUUCUGGCAGUGGCAAGACGCAUACCAUCCUAGGCUAUGACUAUGACUGCCAAAACAGUCAGAAGCUCGGACUGUGUCUUGCUGCCGCCAAACAGCUGUUUGACGCCCUACAUGGUUUGAACGAAAAGAGUGAAGGGGAAAAGUUGGGUAUCGGACUUAGCUUAUUCGAAUUGCGCAAUAAAUCGGCUUUUGACCUUCUCAAUCACCGUAAUCAGUGUCAUAUUAGGGAAGGGCCCGAUGGCAAAGUUCACAUUCGCGGGGAAACCGAGAUUCUAGAAGGGGGUAAAGUUCGGGUUCGUCCCAUUGUUCAGCGAUUGUGUUGGACAUUUGAAUCUUUCCAACACGAGCUUAUCCAGGCCAUUUCUCAACGUACAACUGGAUCAUCGACUGUCCACGAACAAAGUUCUAGGACCCAUGCGGUUUUCGAACUAGAGAUUAUCAGCCAAUCUUUGAUAGAUGCAAGACACGCUUUAUUUGACAGACAGUCCGAGCUUGUGCCCGUGGGGAAGCGUGCGACCGAUAUCAGGAUAGAAGAAGAGUCGAAAGGCGUCAUACGCACAGCGGAUGGGUGUUGGGCACCCAAUCCUAACUCUCGAAUAGAUCAGGAGCGCAUAGACGUGGCUGAGGCAGAGAAAGCUCAAUAUGAGGCUCUCGUUACAGCUGCGGAACAAAAUAUUGAAGCUAUCCUAGAAGCAAGUGCCUUUCCAUGCCUUGGAGUGAAGAUGGUGUUUGUGGAUCUUGCUGGGGCGGAGUUUUAUGAUGACAAUGGAAGUCGACCGCAGACGGUACGACAGACUCCUCAAGAGCGCCAAGAGGGCAGACAAAUCAACACGGACUUGUUGGCGCUGAAGCAGGUGAUGGGAGCUUGGGCUGAAGGUCAAAAGAGAAUACCUUUUCGAUCAUCAACCCUGACCAUGGCCCUCCGCGAGCACUUCAUGAGCGCUGGGAAAGGGAACUCAACAAUUAUUGUCACUAUCUCACCAGCAACGGAGCAGUAUAAAGCGACACUCAACUCACUUAAAUAUGCGAGUCUAGUCGGAGCCGCUCGUGUUUGA